AUGGCAGAAUUAAACUAUGCAGUUGGUGGCAUAUUUGAUGAUAUUGUUGUCACUAAAGGAACACCUACAAUCAUAAAGGAUGAUCUGGGAGAACCAUUCCCUGUACAUAUAGUAGAUGGAUUCACAUAUCCACAGAAUAUUAGGCAAACAGUUCAUGAUGAGAUGAAAGAUUUUAAAGUCAGGGCUGAUGACAUAUGGUUAUUUUCAUAUCCAAGGUCUGGGCAGCAUUGGACAUGGAAUAUAGUAUACAGGCUAACACAUGACCUACAAGAGGCUCCUAAGGGUAUGGAGGCUUUCUGUAUGCCAGAGUUAGUACCACAUGAUGUCAUAAGCUCUGUGCCUUCUCCCAGAAUUAUCAGAACACACCAGUUGCCGAGUUCAAUACCAAAGACAGUAUGGGACAAGUGCAAGAUGAUCAACAUUGUGCGCCAUCCCAAAGAUGCGGCAUAUAGUUUCUACAAACAUCAAACAGCAGCGCUUUAUUAUGGCUAUAAUGGCACAUGGGAAGGUUAUUUGCCAAUGUGGCUUAGGGGAGAAGUGGCAUGGAAUGAUUGGUUCAAGCAUGUACAAGAAUACAAGAAACUAGCAGAAAAUGUUGACAUGCUGUUCCUCACUUAUGAAGAAACCAAAAAUGAUACAAUUGGUACCAUAAAGAAGAUAGCUGACUAUAUAGGUGUAAGCUGGAGUGAAGAAGACUAUAAAAAAAUCAUUGAUGAAACAAAAAUUGAUGUCAUGCAGUCUCGCAAUAAAACAUAUGAUGCCUAUGCUAGAGAUGGAAGAGGAGCAGAUGGAAUGUUCAGAAAAGGGGUUGUUGGUGCAUGGAAAGAACACUUUACUGUGGCACAGAAUGAGCUUUUUAAUAAAGUCUACAAGGAAAGAAUGAAGGGAAUACCAUUUGUCUAUGAUGACUUGUUAGACUCUUAA